CGUGUUUGGCCCUUCCGAUGAACAACUCGUACGUGGCCGGCGCCGGCGCGUACGUCAAGGGCGAUUUCGCCAUCACGUCGACGGGCGUCGUCAUGAAGGGCACGGGCCGGGCCUUUACGGUCAACCCGGCGGAGCUCGAGUGGGGUGACACGAUCGGCCAAGGCGCCAGCGGCACCGUGCGGCGGUCCAGGCACACGCCCUCGGGCACGAUCCUAGCGCUCAAGCUCAUCAACAUGUUUGACAAAGCCAAGCGCGAGCAGCUCAUGCGCGAGAUCCACGCGCUCUUCGACUCGGAGUGUCCGUGCCUGGUGACGUUUUACGGGGCGUUCCUCAAAGACAGCGCCGUCGCCUUAGCGCUCGAGUACAUGGACUGCGGGUCGCUUGAGAACGUCGUGCGCGAGUAUGGCGGCGGCGUGCCCGAGCCGAUCCUCGCCAACAUCACGCUGCAGCUUCUCAUCGGGCUCUCGUACCUCAAGUCCAAGAAGCGCGUGCACCGCGAUAUCAAGCCGUCCAACAUUCUCCUCAACACGAACGGCGAGGCGAAGCUCACAGAUUUUGGCAUUGCGACCGAACUCUGCAAUUCGAUCGCCAUGUGCGGUACGUUUGUGGGAACCUUCAAGUACAUGUCGCCCGAGCGCAUUCGCCGCGAUCCAUACAGCUACGCCUCGGACAUUUGGAGCUUGGGGCUGGUUCUCAUGGAGACGGCGACGGGCCAGUACCCGUACCACCAGCACAAGACGACGAUCGAGAUGAUCCAGAGUGUGCUAGAGGCGCCGCCGCCACCGCUGUCGGAAGACGCCUACUCGCCAGCAUUUUGCGCCUUCUUGCACGAUUGCUUGCGCACGUCGGACAAGGACCGGAAGAGCGUGGACGAGCUCCUCGCGUCGCCAUGGCUCACGCAAUGGGGUGCGACGGACCUCGACGCGGCCCAGCGCAACGUGCGGACGUGGGUCCAAGCGCAGCAAAACAACCACAACACUUAAACGUGCGAUACAUGAGAAUAAAUAGUCUGUACGAUCCUA